AUGGCCGACGCAGAAGAGGGCUUUGGCCUGGCACACACACCCCUGGAACCCGACUCCAAGGACCUACCCUGUGACCCAAAGCCGGAGAGCGCGCUGGGGGCCCCCAGCAAGUCCCCGGCGUCCCCGCAGGCUGCCUUCACCCAACAGGGCAUGGAAGGGAUCAAGGUGUUUCUCCAUGAAAGAGAGCUGUGGCUGAAAUUCCACGAGGUGGGCACGGAGAUGAUCAUCACCAAGGCGGGCAGGCGGAUGUUCCCCAGUUACAAAGUGAAGGUGACUGGCCUCAAUCCCAAAACGAAGUACAUUCUCCUCAUGGACAUCGUCCCCGCUGACGACCACAGAUACAAGUUUGCGGAUAAUAAAUGGUCGGUGACGGGCAAAGCGGAGCCCGCCAUGCCGGGCCGCCUGUACGUGCACCCGGACUCGCCCGCCACGGGGGCGCAUUGGAUGCGGCAGCUGGUCUCCUUCCAGAAGCUCAAGCUCACCAACAACCACCUGGACCCCUUCGGGCAUAUUAUUCUAAAUUCCAUGCACAAAUACCAGCCCAGAUUACACAUCGUGAAAGCGGACGAAAAUAAUGGAUUUGGCUCAAAAAAUACUGCUUUCUGUACCCAUGUCUUUCCUGAGACUGCGUUUAUCGCCGUGACUUCCUACCAGAAUCACAAGAUCACCCAGUUAAAGAUUGAGAACAAUCCCUUCGCCAAAGGCUUCCGGGGCAGCGAUGACAUGGAACUGCACAGAAUGUCAAGAAUGCAAAGUAAAGAAUAUCCUGUGGUUCCCAGGAGCACAGUGAGACAGAAAGUGGCCUCCAACCACAGCCCUUUCAGCAGUGAGCCUCGAGCUCUUUCCACCUCAUCCAACCUGGGGUCCCAGUACCAGUGUGAGAAUGGUGUGUCCGGACCCUCCCAGGACCUCCUGCCCCCACCCAAUCCAUACCCACUGCCCCCGGAGCACGGCCAAAUUUACCAUUGCACCAAAAGGAAAGAUGAAGAAUGCUCCACCGCAGACCAUCCCUACAAGAAGCCCUACAUGGAGACAUCGCCCAGCGAAGAAGACCCGUUCUAUCGCCCCAGCUACCCCCAACAGCAGGGCCUGAGUGCCUCCUACAGGACAGAGUCAGCCCAGCGGCAGGCCUGCAUGUAUGCCAGCUCCGCGCCACCCAGUGAGCCUGUGCCCAGCCUGGAGGACAUCAGCUGCAACACGUGGCCCAGCAUGCCUUCCUACAGCAGCUGUACGGUCACCACCGUGCAGCCCAUGGACAGGCUACCCUACCAACACUUCUCGGCUCACUUCACUUCGGGGCCUCUGGUCCCCCGGCUGGCUGGCAUCGCCAAUCACGGCUCCCCCCAGCUCGGGGAGGGGAUGUUCCAGCACCAGACCUCUGUGGCCCACCAGCCUGUGGUCAGACAGUGUGGGCCUCAGACUGGCCUGCAGUCCCCUGGUGGCCUGCAACCAUCUGAGUUCCUCUACUCCCAUGGCGUGCCAAGGACCCUGUCCCCACACCAGUACCACUCGGUGCAUGGGGUUGGCAUGGUGCCAGAGUGGAGCGAGAAUAGCUAA